GGCCGACAGAAGUGGCAGAACCAUACGCACGGCAAGUCGAACGACAGAUUUGCGAGUUCGAGCGCGCGCGUAUGUGUAGUAGAAAUAAUAAUAAUAAAAUAUCUGUUCGUAUUCAUAUUGUAUUGUAUUGAUUUUAUAUCCGUCGAGUUUGUCAUUAUUUCACGUAUAUUAUGUCAUCUAAGUGUUGUUGCAUAAUAAUAUAAGAGUAUAUAUUUUUUUUAUCGUCAAUAAAACCAACGAAAAAAAAACAACCAGUUCAUCAAUCUUCGACGUUUUUGUGAUAUUCCUCUGGUAAUCUAUACACACACACAUUAUUUUAGUCGUGUUCGUCGCAGAACGGCAUUGUGCGAUCCAUCACACAAUAAUUAAAUAAUAUGUGAUUUAAAUAACAAUAAUAAUAGUAAUAAUAUGUGACGAUGUGUGUCCGUGGUGUUUGAUGGAUACGCGAUCUACGUGAGGAUUUACGCUCUUUGAAAUUAUGACCGUUUCGUACUCGCGUCUCGUAGCCAACGGAAGUAGUUUUGGAUGUUUUGGCAGUAUACUUUGCAAAUGGCGAGGAAGCGUUUACAAGCUUGUGUGGAGGGAAUUAGCAGCCUAUUUAGUGGUUUAUUUUGCUAUAAAUUUAGCAUACAGGUUCGCAUUCACCGAAGCCCAGCAAAAAUUGUUCAUAAAAAUCCGGUGCUACUUAGCCGGUCAUUCUGCGAGUGUCCCGUUGACGUUUGCUAUGAGCUUCUACGUCGGUCUGGUGGUAAAACGAUGGUGGGAACAGUAUAGGUUAUUGCCUUGGCCCGAUACAUUGGCUCUUUUCGCAAGUGCGGCGAUACCCGGGACGACGGACGAGAGAGGACGAUUAAUGAGGAGGAACAUAGUGAGGUACGCUGUACUGGCCUAUGUCAUAACUCUGAAGCAAGUGAGCAUAAGGGUGAAAAAACGAUUUCCAACAUUACAACACAUCGUCGACGCCGGAAUCAUGUUGGAGAGUGAAAAAAAAAUCGUGGAAAUGAUGGACGAGAGAAGCCCCAUGUCCAAGUAUUGGAUGCCGUUGGUGUGGGCGACCAACAUCAUAAACCGAGCUCGCAGGGAGUCGCUCAUAUCCAGCGACCAGGUGGUCCAGACGCUUCUCGUUGAGCUGUCGGACAUCAGGCGUCGACUGGGUUCUAUAAUCAGCUAUGAUACCGUUUGCGUGCCGCUCGUCUACACACAGGUGGUCACGUUGUCGUUGUACGCCUAUUUCGGUGCCCAGCUCAUCGGUGCUCAGAUGGUAGAGCCUCCGCCAGAAUGGGGUUUCAAAGAUUUUAAAGAGUUCGACCUGUACGUACCGAUCCUGACGAUUAUCGAGUUUUGUUUCUUUGUUGGAUGGCUGAAAGUGGCGGAAGUUCUCAUCGGACCUUUUGGCGAAGACGAUGACGACAUUGAGCUUAACUGGUUGAUCGACCGUCACAUAAAGGCGGCGUACAUGAUCGUAGACGAAAUGCACGARGAGCACCCGGAACUGCUGAAAGACCAGUACUGGGACGAGGUGGUGCCCAAAGACUUACCAUACACAGUGGCUUCAGAACACUACAGGCGCGAGGAGCCCAAGGGGUCAGCUGAGUGCUAUAAGGUCAAGGAGUCAGAUUCGUUGUAUGCAAACAUGGCACCGAUGCAUCACAUGCAUAGGAAGACCGCAGUGCCCGAGGACGUUUACGCAGACUACGAAAGCGUUGACACACCAAUGGCCGAACGUCGCAAAAAUUGGUUCCAGAGGCAAAUACAUCGGGUGGGYUCGAUUAGAUCGUCGUCGACCACUUAUUCGUCUGGCGGUCUGUUCAAUCGAACCAGGCACAAUUCGGUGUACUCAAGUCCAGAAAAUGGGUUACCCGUGUCUGCGGGUAUUAACGGUCACAGUCACAUCAACGGCCUUAACGGAAGUACACCACAUUUGCAAAAGAUAACGCUGUACGACCGACUGUGGGGUAGGAAAUCUAUGAAAAGCCGACGUGGCAGUACCCAAGGUUCAAACAAGAUUAAUGGACAAAUGAAUGCCAGAGGAAGGCCUAGAAUUCCAACGCCAGAUGUGCAAAAAGACGGUGCCAUCGAUAAGGACAACAAACAGAAUAUGUCUGUCAACGGUUCUAUUCCACCGGGAACGUAUGCGUCAGAUUUGCCCGCAGUCGUACAGAGCGAAUCAAAUUUAGUAAAAAAACAUCCAAGUAUCCCUAUUGGCCAUUAUUAUUUCUCUGAUGCCCUCGACACACGACACUUCAAUGUUGAAACUUUUUUCGCCGGGCUAAGUGAUGAUGAUGAUCGUUUUACUAUUGCGGCCAUUGGUGUGCAAAUAUUUCAAAGUAUGGACAACAGACAAUAA